AUGGGGAGAAGACGUGUCACCAGUGAGAAUUCUGGGGCGGCUUCGUCGUUGAAGCUUCGUUAUGUUAACCAUAAGAAUGGAUCUUCCUCUGAGGAUAGUGAAUUUGAUUCGUUGUGUUUGUCUGAUACUGGAUUGGCUGCUCUUGCUGAUGGGUUUCCCAAGCUUGAGAAGUUGAGGGUUGUUAUGUUAGAGAUCAAGGCUUGGCUGCUGUUGGACAGUGUUGCAAGCAACUUGGGGAUUUGA